AAAGCAGCAAAGACGCUCGCAGCCCGAAAUACGUCGCUGCUGCUGCGGACACACAUUACCACGGCCUCGCUGCAUGCCGUCCUGCUGCUGCUGCACUUCGUCUUUGGCCGGCCGGCGUCGCUGUGGAAGUACCUCCUCCUGACCUCGCCUACGCUGGUGAUCGAGUUCUACUUUGAACGGCUGGGGAGGCCACGCUACGAUGCGGCCAGCGGCUCGCUGAGGUCGCCGGGAGAGGAUUUGGAUGCGCCCGGCCUGACGGAGUACUGCUGGGACGUGCUGUACUGGACCUGGGGCUGCAUGGGGGCCGCCUGCAUCUUCGGAGACUACGGGUGGUGGAUGUGGGUGGUUGUGCCGCUGUAUUCCGUCUGGCUGGCCUACACGACGUUUAUGGGCGUGAAGUCAGGCCUGCCUGGAGCUGCUGGCAUGGACAUGGGUGCAGACGAAGGUGCCGGACAGGCUGAGAGCAAGCGGCAGAAGAAGCUGGAGAAGCGCGGCCAGAGAGUCAAGUACCGCCAGUCAACCCUGGCUGGUCUAUAUCAAAUGGAGCCAAAAUAUCCUAUGGUUGCUGCCAUUAUAUACUUAUUUUUGACCGAUGCUAGGUAUAUACCGUGUAUUACUGAAGAUACAGCUAGAGUCAAAAGUCGAUAA